CCCUCCCGUUCCGAGCGUCCCUUCCUCCUCGUUGUCCCGCCUCUCAGCUAGGCCUGCAGACGGGGUCAGCGCCACCGCUCAGACCAGUGACAGCAAGAGACAACACGAGAGACUCGGCCAUGCUCUGCUCUGGAGAGCUUAGAAGAAUUCAUCUCUAAGAGACUGAAGUGGGUUACAGGAUGGCCAAAGAGGAGAACCCGAGUACUUCAAGGGAGUUUCAGGAUUUGCAGAGGAAGCUGUCUUUGCUGAUAGAAUCCAUCCAGAAUAACUCAAAGGUGGUCGCCUUUAUGAAGUCUCCGGUGGGGCAGUACCUUGACAGGCAUCCUUUCGCGGCCUUCACCUUACUGGUGUUUAUUGCACUGUCAGCUGUUCCUGUUGGCUUCUUCCUGUUCCUUGUGGUGCUUACCUCCCUGGCUGCUUUCGUGGGAGUCAUAUUACUGGAAGGGCUGGUCAUCUCUGUGGGCGGCCUCUCACUGCUUUGUGUCCUGUGUGGCUUGGGCUUCGUGUCACUCAUCAUAUCAGCAACUAUCAUCGCGUCCCACGUGGUGGUCUCCAGCCUCAUCAACUGCGGGCUUUCUUCCAGGCACUAAAAAAGACCAACCUAUUUCUCUUCCUGCCUGCCCGCCUCCCUUCUCUUGAAGCUGUCAAGAAACAGUCAAGUAAUUGGAGUUUGAAGAUAUGGCUCUGACUCCCAGCUCGGCCAUUCUUUAGCUGCGUGAUCUUGAACUUCUCUGUUCUCAGUCUUCUUUCAUUGGAAAAUGGGGCUACGCCUCACUCUGCCUCUCUCACUAGAUUGUUGUGAGGACACAGACAAGAAUUGGGGGAAACACAAAAAAUGUCAUCUGUUCAGCUAUGUUGACAUCUGUUCAGCUAUGUACUCUCAGCAUUGCUCUUUAAAGGAGCCCUGGAGCUGACGGUUUCCUCUUGUCACCAAACAGACCACAAAACCCCAACAGCAACUGCCAGCAGGCCAGGAAGCCCGCAGACUCAGAGAGGCUCUACCAGGAAUGACCAGCCGACGGGACCAGAGCGUUUUUUUUCCUACCGCCCUUCCUCCCCCACCGCCCAAGGUCGUUGGAUCACACACGCCCCUCGGGGGUUAUGACUCAGAGGGGGCCGGGUAGCCAAGCACUCCUUAGAGUUGCCCUGUCGCCUUUUCACUGCCUUUUCACUUGUCCGUAGGAUCCUGCAGUAACCGCCCAGGCCAUCUCACUGCUCGUGUGGCGGUCCUGUUGGCCGACCCUCCCUCACGUGGAGAAUCAGGCUGAUGGCCUGGCGGUUCCUCCUGCCGCUCACCGCCUUCUCCCCAGUGAUGCCGAAGUGACCUGGGCAGGGUCCUGAGCCUCCAGAACCGGGCGACUUGACACCAAAGGCUCGGAUCUUGUCUUCAAGGGCCCAAUUUGGGGCAAUCGUGGAUUGUUUUUUUCUUUCUUCCCCUUUUUUUUUUAAGGAAAUGAGAGAAACUGUUUAUUUCUUCACUCAUUUCAAUCAAGAGCUGGGAGGGAGUCUAAAACAGAACAAGCUCUUCUGCCUUAUUAGUUUUUUUUUUUUUUUUUUU